AUGUGGAAUGGCGGGAGUGGGAGAGUUGCCCUCCCACUCCUUCCACUAUUCAUUCUCAUUCACACACGAUUUCAUACAGUUCUCGGUCGAGCGGUGAUCUCCGACGAUAGCCUUGUGCGAACAAAUUUAGAUGAAGAUGAAGAUGAAGAUGAAGAUGAAGAUGAAGAUGAAGAUGAAGAUGAAGAUGAAGAUGAAGAUGAAGAUGAAGAUGAAGAUGAAGAUGAAGAUGAAGAUGAAGAUGAAGAUGAAGAUGAAGAUGAAGAUGAAGAUGAAGAUGAAGAUGAAGAUGAAGAUGAAGAUGAAGAUGAAGAUGAAGAUGAAGAUGAAGAUGAAGAUGAAGAUGAAGAUGAAGAUGAAGCUUACCAAACACAACAUUGUUUA